AUUCUAGAUCAUUACUCAGUUGUAGAUUACAACUUAAGUAGAGAUUUGAUCUGUGAUCACGCAAGUGUGGUCGACACCGCGCUUGAGCAGAGAUUUCCCUGUCAGUUUUGAGUUUAGCAAAUAAUUGUGUUGAGAAUAGAAGUAAAUAAUGGAUAUUUUUGAAGAGAUUGAUUAUUACGAUAAUUUAUUUAACGAUGAUUCGAACAGAAGGUUGAACUUUCGCGUUCCUCUCAGAUAUCUUAGAGAUGUCCAAGACCCAUACAAUUGUGAGAACUUCAAGAAAAGGUACAGGUUUUCACAAGAUGUGGUGAAAUCUGUGAUUUUGCCAUUAAUUGACCAAGAUCUGAGAAAGUUGAGUAACCGUGGUCAUCCCAUAGCCCCGGAGUUACAAAUUCUUGUGUGUUUGCGUUUUUAUGCGACAGCGUCAUUCCAAAUAGUUUGUGGAGAUUUAUUAAAUGUAUCGCAACCAGCCGCCUCAAAUAUAGUUGCAAAUGUAUCAAGGUUGAUAGCUCUACAACAGAGGCAUUAUAUAAAAUAUCCACAAGACAUGGUCUCACACAGGGCACAGUUUGCACAGCUCGGCCAGUGUCAACAAAAUCCAGGCCUAAGAAAUGUGGACGGUGCAAUUGACUGCACACAUAUAAAAAUAGUAAAUACUCCAGGUGUGGAACAUCAUGAAGCCUACAGGAACAGAAAAUCUUACUUUUCUAUAAAUGUCCAGGUCAUCAAAAUAAGGGUUAAAUUAUUAUUCUUCAUUAAAAAGGGUAUGUCAUCCAAAAACAUUUAAAUAUUGUUUUAUUUUUAUUUCAGGCA